AUGGAGAAAUUCAAUAAACUGUUGCACCAGAUAAGUUCUGCUUUGGAUCCAAAAGACUUGGAAAAUCUCAUUCACAUCUGUAGGAUUGAGGAAAGUCGCAGAGCUGCAAUAACAAGUGGUCAUCAUUUGUUUGACCAUCUUCGUCAUGAUUGCCGCAUUAGCGAAGACAAUGUUGGUUAUUUGAAGAAAAUCCUAAAUACCAUAAAGAGACGUGAUCUUGUCCAUCGUGUCCAGAGGUUUGAAGGUCUGGAAACAGCAGAUAGUAGUGGAAUUGUUGUUGAAGCCGAUCCUAUACCAGAGCCAUCAACAUCACCCAAAAUGAAUCCACUUCCAAAGCCAAACCAACCAGAUAAUUUCAAUCGCGGCUUUGUAGUCGAAGGUUCAAGUGCAAUGUGGGGCGAUACAGGCCGAAAAGUACAAAUUCUCGUCAGCGAAGGCAGUCUGAGACCAUGUUGUGCCGUUUACUGUCCUUGUGUUAAAAUGUCAUGCUAUAAGAUUCAUUUUUGUUAUGUAAUCCUUAUAGUUCUAUUUCUGCUGGCUAUCAUAAUCACUUCUCUCUUUUGGUACACCAAUGUUCCCAAAGUCAGCGAGCAUCUCACUACAGAAAGCUCUACGCGUAACUCUGGGAAAUUCGUCGUCGUUGCUCUAAUUGUGACAUUUCCAAUUUUUCUCCUGAUCGUGUUCUUUGCCAGAAAGUAUUGGAAGAAUCGCCAUGAUGCUGCUGUGGUAUAUUUAAAUGCAAGUACGCCGCGUACAAUUACUGGUGUCCGAAAUGUCGGCACGAUGGCAAAGAGUGAAGACUUAGCAUCACCGGUGGUGGCACAAAUCAAUCCAAACUGCGAGCUGGAAAUAAAUGAUGUACGGAGAACCUCUGGCUCUGUACGUUACGUCGGAAGUCUCACAACAAGAGAUACGGAGCCUAUGUUAUGCACAUGA